GGGUUCUCUCUGCAUGACUCCAUGACAGAGAGAACACUUUUCCACAGAGACAGGGGUUAUCACUCAGCUAAGAAUUGGAAGUAUACCAAAAUAAAAGUAAUCAGACUUUAUGAUUUCGUUUAAACCUGACAUAUUUUUUAUUUUAAACUUCAAUAUAUAUUUAGACGUGGUUGUAACAUUAUAGAUUAUUAGAUAUUUUUAACAUAUGAAUGAAUGUUAAAACAUUAAGACAUGUGGAUAAAAGGUGAAUUUAGCACAUUAUUGUUCCUAAAUUACAACUGUAGGCCUGUUAAGUUGUAUGAACGUGUGGGUUUCGUCUGAGCUGUUGUAAAUAGGAAGGAGAUCUUUGAUUGGUGGGACUGCUCUUUGGAGAUGUUUAUGGAUCCGAGAUGUGUGACCUGUCGGGUGCGCGCACAAGCCAAAGACGCGUACGCGCAACAUCCUGCUUUGCUGCUCCCUGCAAAGACGCGGGUCGACAGGCUGAGAGUAUCCAGCUGUCACUCAGGGGUCCCCGCUCUGCCUCCGUCCGGACUGUGGGCUCUGAGGUCCGACCUACAGGACACCGCUGGGUGAAGAUGGACCUCCAGUGAUCAACAGAUCGGCAGCUCCACAAUCCAGCGCUCCAGCGAGAGCAAGAUGAGGUACCCGAAAGGCAGCACCGGAUCCAAGCAGCACAUGAGACACACUCAUCUCUGAUUUUUCCAUCCUCUUCACAGAGAUGUGAGCAAGCCAGCGACCAAGGUGCGCUCCAAUCAGCCGAUCUACUGCGUCCUGACACCGAAGGAGGUUCGACCUGUGCCAAAAUGACCGGACCAUUGUCUCGCAUCCUUGUAACGGAACGGGCCCGCAGGAAUUGGCACCGGUUUUACGCAGCAGACCACAUAGUUAAAUCGACGCAGCUCGAACACAUGGACAAAGCCUGCUCGAACGCUCUUUAGUGAUGCUGAAAUCCUGAAGAUAUCAGUGAAACGUUCUGCUGGUUCCUCCAGAGAAGUGGAGCAACAAAAUAAAAAAAAAAAAACCAAAAGCAAACAAAAAAUAAAAAACAGACAACAACGGCGGGACCUCACCGAGUCCAGAACGACCUUCCCUUCCCAAACAAAGGAUCAUCUUACGUCUUAAAGUAUUUUCACAGGCUCGCGUAGCGAGUCUGUGAGCAAGUGACAGUGAGACACUGUCUGCCCCACUGUCCAGUGACACCAUGAGCUGGAGCUUCCUCACACGGCUGCUGGAGGAGAUCCACAACCACUCCACCUUCGUGGGGAAGCUGUGGCUCACCGUGCUCAUCGUCUUCCGUAUUGUUCUCACCGCCGUUGGGGGAGAGUCCAUCUACUACGAUGAACAGAGCAAGUUUGUCUGCAACUCUGAUCAUCCUCGUUGCCAUGCCCUCUCUCAUUUACAUGGGCUACGCCGUCAACAAGAUUGCACGACUAGACGAAUCAAAAGGGGGGGUUGGAUCUGCCGCUGUCAGAACAGGAGGAGGGAGCUACACACACAGAAAACCCAGGAAAAUCUGCUUUGGAGCCCGACAGCACAAAAGCAUCGAGGAGACCGAGGAGGACCAGGAGGACGAUCCUAUGAUCUAUGAGGUGCCAGAAAUUGAACCACCAAAAAGGCCUCGAGAUCCACUGCAGCCAAUGCCCAGACCCAAAAUCCGUCACGAUGGGCGCACGCGUAUCCGAGACGAAGGACUGAUGCGGGUUUAUGCUAUGCAGCUGGUGACUCGGACUGUUCUAGAGGCGGGCUUCCUGGCAGGGCAGUACCUGCUGUAUGGUUUCCGUGUGAAACCAGUCUUCGUGUGCUCUGGAAAACCUUGCCCUCACAGUGUUGACUGCUUUGUGUCCCGGCCAACGGAGAAAACCAUCUUCCUGCGCAUCAUGUAUGGUGUUACUGUCCUUUGCCUCACCCUCAAUGUCUGGGAGAUGCUUCAUUUGGGAAUAGGUUCCAUCUGCGACCUUAUCCGCCGUCGGCGAUGCCCGCCUCAGGACGACGAGUUCCAACUGGGUUUGUUGAGCAGUAACAGUGGUGUGGAGGGCUCUGUGGGGGGGACUGGGCCUGAGGCAGGCUCUGAAGGUGGCGUGGGUGGAGAUGGUGCUGCAGAUUAUGUUGGAUACCCAUUCUCAUGGAACACCCCAUCAGCCCCACCGGGGUACAACAUCGUCGUGAAGCCAGAACAGAUGCCCUACACGGACCUUAGCAAUGCUAAGAUAGCAUGCAAGCAGAACCGGGCCAACAUUGCUCAGGAGGAGCAGCAGCAGUUUGGUAGCAAUGAGGACAAUUUCCCCACGGGAGGAGAAGCCCGCGUGGCUCUCAAUAAGGACAUGAUCCAGCAAGCUCACGAGCAACUGGAAGCAGCCAUCCAGGCCUAUAGCCAGCAGCAUCGGACCGAGGAGCAACUUGAAGAGACUCAGGAUGACAAGCCUCAGAGUAACAUCAUCCAAGCCCAACCACAGCCACAUCCUCAUCCUCAGAAAGAGCGCAAACACAGAGUGAAGCACGGGAAGGGGGGCAGUAGUGGAGGAGGCAGCAGCAGCAACAGCAGCAGCAGUAAAUCUGGAGAGGGCAAGCCCUCCGUAUGGAUCUGAACAAACGGUGACGUGGGUCGUCAAAGUCUGUAUAUAUCAGAGAUUGGAUGAGAAACUGUUGCAGUGUUCCUCGACAUUUCAGUGCCGCUGUGCCUUAAAGAAUCCUGCAAGCUGGAGAACAUGUGCUUAGAGGUGUGCAAAAAUACGAUCAAGUGAUGUUGCAGCGGACAAUUUAUUUUGUCUGGGCCAUCGCUGUUUAGUCAUCACACCUAAAGUCUGUAGUUUACAAGUCUGGCUCUUCUCCUGUCUGAAAGCAGAUUGCUGACCCGUUUCUAGAGAAAAACUGAACCGAGUCACUCCUGACAAGAGGCUGAUCCGGGACUUCCGUUUGCCAAAGCAAUGACACCACUCGGCUAAGACAGAAACAAGUUGAAAAACAAAAUGAGAAUCAGAGGCAGCGCUUGAAGUAGUGACGUUUUACUUCCCUCCUAAAGGUCCCGUCAGUCAUGAACUUUCUUUUCAAAGUGUUCUAUGCUUCAACAGUUUUUUCCUUUCGAUGAAAGUGCUACACCAGCCGCUGCUCAGGAACCGGAGUACAGCGGCUGGAUCUCAACGUUUCCUCCGAUUUGACUCUUUUCGUGCCUUUUUAUUUAAACAUUUGACUCCUUACACAUUAUUCUUCUCGGCUUUUCAUCUGUGUUGUUUGUGGUAGUUGGACCAGAACUCUUGUUCCAUCUGCCUUGUAGCAGACUGCCCCCUGGUGGCAUUUCCUGUGCGGUGUAUGGAUGCUACCUACAACAGCUGUAGUGUUUUACAUUGACUCGCGUCACCUAUGUCUUCCCAAAGUUCAGUGUUAGAUGCACAAAGCUGCAAUAUCAACAUGUUGUAAUGGAACAAGUUAAAGCCAUUACUUUUAAAAAGUGAGACCAAACACUGUUUGUGUGAUGCAAGUGUCAGUGCCAAGAUUUUACACCAAGCUGCCACGAAGCUUGGUUGUGUGUAGCUCUGGAAUACCGUGGCCAUGCUACUCCAGCCGUGGAGCUGUGUCCACGUCACAACAACCCUUUUGUAAAAGUCACUUUUUUCCUUUUUUGAAAUAAAGAACUCCAAAACGGAGUCAGCUUUCAUGUUCAAGCCGGUGUUUUAUAUGAAAAAAAAUCUGGUUUUCAAUAAAGUUCUUUUAUAAAAAAUAAAAAAAGUGAGGACUAACUGUGUGAAUAUUUAUGGUCAUUGUGAUUUAAAUUGCCUUCUAAAUGUAAAAAAUGUGAAAUAUGACAUAGUAUAUUUUUAUAUGAUGUCAGAGACCAGAAAACGUUUCCUUGUGUGUUGAAGUUUCAGUAUUUAAUGUAUGUAGCAACCUUCUGGACUGAGUUUUAAUAAACGGUUUUGCUCCUUUUUAAACAUU